AUGUCUAAACGCGCGGCAUGUAGUGAUGAUGAGCAUGCUCCCAAAUGCGUCCGAACUGAUGACGUGAAUUAUCUAGCUGCGCCAUCGCCAUUGACAGAUUCAGGCGCAUGGGACAUUCUUGAACAGUAUCUCACUACGGACAUGAUGUACCCUCAGAUGGAGGAGGUGUUUUCUGCAUACCUUGGUAAUCGAUACAUCGCGAGCGACUGGAAGGAUGCCAGAGAUGCGCUGUUCUCUGGUGAUGGUUGUGACAGCAUCGCCUUGACAAAUCUUCGCGCCCUGAGAGCAAGGCACAUUCUCUUGCUCUCGUCUUCAUCGAGGCCGGACAGUUGUUUGUCAACUACUUCCGCUCAACUAUCACAUAGUCAUAAGUUGAAGUCGCAUGAUCGAUUGUCAAGGAUUUGUGUUCAACGAUCGCGUAGGCGUCCCAAAUCUAAUCUGUACGUCUUGACCGAAGCAGAAGAUGGAACAGAAGGGGAGGAGGAUGACGACAAUGCAGAUGGGCCUUCUGCACAGUCGCCAAAGGUUGUACACAUUAUCGGACCGUCAGCCAAGGAUAGGUUCACAGAGAACCCGUCCCUUUCAUCAGAAGGGCGCCAGGCCCACCAUGGUGAUGCCGCCCUGUCUUCCUCUGUGAUUGCACCUAGGAUGUAUCUCCUUCAUGUCACCAGAAAUAGCACAGAUUACAUCGCUGAACAACUUCGGCGUCAAGGGUUUCAUGUUACGGUGUCAAUCUGGACAGCAGGCCAAUUGUAUGUUGUUGCAGACAGUCCUAGAACCAUCACGGCAUCGCUUCCAAUAUCACACACUUUCGCUGUCAAGCAGUAUCUUCGAAUUUCAGAAGAUGAACGCGAAGCGGUAGAGCGUUCAUGCUCCAAACUCCCCAGCCCAGCGUGGGUGAGAAUCAAACACGGCAACUACAAGGGCGACAUAGGCUACGUUUUGGAUUCCGAUCCGUUGAAUCAUCUCAUCGCUAUUUUAAUUCCUCCCCGGCAUUUCCCCUAUCCCAUGCCUGGUAGAUCUGUGGCCCUACUCGACCGAUUUCGCCUUCCAAAUGGUCAGGCGGUUCGCGACGUGAUCUGUGAUGGGAAAGUUAUAGGAUUCUCUUAUAAAGGAGAACGGUAUUACAAGGGACUUUUACUCAAGAACUUUCACCGUGAUCACCUAGAACUUGUCGCCUCUCCUCAUGCAGAUGACAUUCGACUGCAUAUGGAAUCCGGAUUUGACACACCCUUCGUCAAGAAAACACUGGCUGCAUUUUCCUUGCAGUUCAUGCGCAUAGGCGAUUUGGCCAGAGUGAUCGCAGGGGAACUUCGACCUAAUGUUCCGCGUGCUUGGAAACGAUCUUUGAUGGAAACUGAAGGAGUCUCUAAAGAAGAAGUACUUGUUUCGAGGUACUAUUUAGACCGUUGCCCUUUGCAUCACAUCCUCCAUUCAUCGCUGCCCACGCAGCAACACCUAUACUCGCCCCCUGAGUCCGAAUCUCUGCAAGUCGGGGAUCAUAUUGAAGUGCUUGCAGGCGAGCACUGGAAGAAAUGCGGCAUCGUGGAGUGGAUUCCAACGGGGGGAACCAUGUUGUGGUUUCGUGAUGCGAGCCCUGUCUUGGCUGGGGAUGAUGUGGAGUCUGGUGUCGGACCAUUCAGAAUCCAAGUUCCUGUAACCAUUGUUCAGCGGACCAAGCUCCCCAAUACGCUAAGAUAUACAAAAGACAAGGGCUAUGACGUGAGGCCUGGAGACGUUGUGUGUAUCGCCCAUGGGCCAGACUAUCAAAGCAAAGGGGUCGUACAGAGCGUCGACUUUCCAAACGCUCGUUUGACCCUUCUAUCUGAUAGUGAUCACUCCCUCAUUGAUGUCCCUAUCACCUUCGUAAUCAAGAAAUCCAACAUUAUUGGCCAUGAAGUUUUCAUUGUUGGGGGCGACCGAAAAGGUUACCGAGCUACACUACACGACGUCGCUUCCGACACUUGCACUGUCGCUGUGCACGGGCAGGCGCGCACUACUCUUAGACGCCAGGACGUUGUCACCAGUUAUGGAAUGAGAUUAAAUGGUGCUAUAUUGGAAGGUCCAGAUUUGAUUUCCUUCUGCGACAUCCGGAGAAGAUCGUACACGACGACGCUGCAACAUCGAAGCAUUACCCCCCCGCCCGUCCGACUUCCAUCUAGCUCAUCAGGCAGAAGCCUGUCAUCAUGGACCUCCUGGGCCGCCGACCCAGAGGGUAUUGUAGACCAUCCUUUAUCGAGUGUCACUCCCAGCUCGUCGACAUUUGAUCCCUGGAUUGUCAAUCCCGAGGACACUCAAGAUAAUAUUGACACCAGAGCGGUGUCUCUCCAAGACAGUGGCCCGUUGCCUUGGUUAAUGAGCAAGGAGUUUUCCUCAACGUUCCUUUUUCAUCACGCGGUAUUGAAAGUCGGAGCGCCGCGAUUCAACAUUACCAUAUCCCCUCCAAAGAUUUGA